AUGGCGAUUACCUCUUCAUCAGCGCAACCAAGCAUUCUUUUGACGUCUGAGAACAGAGCAUCAUGUCCAUCAUCGCUAUUCCACACAUGGGAGACGUUUCUCCAAGAAGUGGAUGCUGACGUUGUGGGCUUCAACAACGCGGCAUGUUCUCUCGAGACGACAGUGGCUGUGCCGCUAAUAGAGAAGACCUUUCACAUGAAGGUCCAGGCGAGGAAGCUGUUCGCACAUCGUGAAGGCUGUGAAGUCAUUCUUGGAAAGGCUGAUGACCAACUUAAUAAGAGUCGACAAGAAUACAGAACAGCCUUCCUGAACUACUGCGACAAUGCAAGCCCUGUCAACCUCGCAACAUAUUAUGACUCGCACAACAACUACGUGCAACAAUUGACAGCCACAAAUGCAAUGAUUGAACAAUACCAUAACCAUACACUGCCCACUAUAUUACAGGAAUUGGAGGAAAUUUUAACGGACGUAACGACUGCAGUCAGCGAUGCCAUUUGUCAGGAAGGAGAAAUUAUGUCGGAAAAGUGCAACCAUCAGCUGAGAAGAUACGAGUCUCUAUGCACACAGGCGCGUGCGGUGUCCAGUACUGCUGAUUUGGCGCAUCUUGCGAGGACACUCAUGACCAACCAACCACCUAUGAGGGCUCCAAUGAGGGCCUUCAUGCCGCCAUAUCCACCAGAACCAGAUGACCCACCAAUAGAUGUACCUGCGGAGUCUAUGCCUCCAGUGCUGCGAGGUGAGAUGUUACUCGACCGAAUGGGAGGAGGUCAGGCGAGACUAAACUAUGAACAAUUGAGAAAAGACGCCAUUGAUCUCGAGUUGCAGAUAAAACAAUUGCAGGAAGGUUUGGAGUCACUGAUGCGUUUACAAAACCGCGGCCUCGAAAGUAAUAUAUACAGCAAAGUGAAUGAAAUUCAAAUAGCCAACGGACCACCUACCUACGGACUCCAAAUUUGCCGCCCCGAAAAUCUGCCGGCGAAGGCCUGCUUGCUGGUAAAUCCGCCACUGCCUUUGAGCAAGCGAUCUAUUCCAGGCAGUCUAGAUACACUACAGUCGUAA